UUCUCUUGCCACCUUCUGUGAAUCGCAACUCCUCACCUAACCUUUUACCAAUCAGUUGCCAUUCACUCUCCUUAUAUAUCCCCACACAUUCCCCUCCCUUCGCUUCCAACAAAUUCGUCUUCUUGCUUUUUCCCCAGAAAUGGCCAAGCCAAUGCUUCCUCUGCUUUCCAUAAAAGUCUUCAUCUUCUUCUUCAUGUUCCAGUCCAUUUCUGCUCAAACACCAGCGCUGGCUCCAGCACCAGCAGGCCCCACCAACAUCACCAAAAUCCUGGAAAAGGCAGGCCAGUUCACCACCUUCAUCAAGAUACUCAAAGCCACCCAGGUAGCUGAUACAAUCAACAACCAGCUCAACAACUCGAACCAAGGCCUCACCAUCUUCGCACCCACUGAUAAUGCCUUCACAAAUCUCAAACCGGGAACUUUGAACUCCAUCAAUUCCCAAGAGCAACUUCAGCUGGUGCAGUUCCACGUCCUUUCCAGUCUCUACACUAUGUCUCAGUUUCAGACUGCCAGCAACCCCUUACGCACGCAGGCUGGGAACAGCGACAAAGGAGAGUUUCCUCUGAAUGUGACCACCUCAGGGAACCAAGUGAACAUAACGACGGGGGUGGUCAAUGCAACGGUGGCUAAUACUAUAUACACGGACAAGCAGUUCGCGGUGUAUCAGGUGGAUCAAGUGCUGCUUCCUUUGGCACUUUUUGGCCCACCACCAACAGCAGCCCCGGCUCCGGCGCCGACCAAGCCGGAGAAAAAUGUCCGGGCAUCAGAUGCUCCGUCUGGCUCUUCGGAUACCACAGUUGACACUUCAGAUGCCGUGGGUCUUGACAGGCGAGCCGCGGAAGGUGUUGCCCUCAUCGUUGCGCUUACUACCAUGGCUGCUUACAAUUUGCGGUGGUAAUUCUUGGGGUCCCUCAGUUUCGCGUCAUUCGUUUUCACCUCAAAGUGAGUCUUUAGCUGUUUGGGAUUCAGGAUCCCGUGUAUUAGUGAUACUAAAAUCUGAAACUUCGUGCUCAAAACGGACGCAAACUUAUUAAAGAACUGCAGGAACUGGCUCAGAGUACGAGUGAUUAAUGUUAAGCUUAAUAUCAAAUUACAAUUUUUUUUGAAGAUUUUCAAUGUUAUGAUACAGAAGGUUAAGCACUGAAUUGAAGAACUUAAUUUAUGAUAAGAUCUCGAUCUAAUAUUAA